CUCGCCGCGGUUGGUCGCGAUUUUGUUGAUAAGCGGACUUUCGGGCGCGAUUCCUAUUUGUUUUGUCGCGAAAUGAACCCAGAACUCAAAUAGUUGAUAUCUGUGGGUAAACAAAGUGAUAUGUGUCAUCUGGUGGGCGAAAAAAAGAGGAGAAACUGUUUUAGUCAAGGCCAUGGAGCAUUGACUCCGCGCAGUGAGCAUCCCGAAUCCCGCUCCCUUAGCCGCUCCCGCUCCAGCUGCAGAUCCCCACUGACCAUGCUGGAGCCCACGCUGACUCCCGACCUCGAGGAGGGCAUCGCGGGCCUGAGCCUGGAGGACGUGGACGUGGACGUGGACGCGGUGCCGGAGCGCAAGCCGCACUUCCUCGACUACGACGCCGUACCGCCGCCGGACUACAAGGAGCCCAUGUUCCAUGGGACCAGCUCCGGGGAGCAGCUGAAGAUGGACAAGAAGUACGAGCGCGACGGCGAGGUCAGCGAUUACGAGCUGGCCGCCAGCGGCUACACCAAGAAGGAGUUCACCCAGGACGACAACACGCUCCACUACCAGAGUGGCGGCGGCGGAGCAGGAUUACCCCUGGGAUCCGGAGCCGUUAAUAAGAAGCAGCCGGCCAAGCACUUCCUCGACGAGAACCCCAUUCCGCCGGACUACAUGCUGGCCCAGGAGCUGCGCGAGAUGCGGGAGCACCGCAGCCUGGACCGCAACUUCGAGCGGCAGUCGGCGCAGCAGCAGCAGCUGGAGGAGCUGCCUCCGCGCACCAACGGCGGAUCCCCGGCCAGCGCAGGGCGAGCUUCGCGCAGCAAGGAGCCCUCCUACACGCUCUCCCGCUUCCUGGACGGCGACUCCCCCGCCACGGCGACUCCCGCUGGCCGACUGCCCAAGGGAGCCGCCUGGACAACGAGCUUCGACGAGCGGUACAGCAGCUCGGCGGCGGUGGAGGCGUCUCUUGGCUCGAAGGUGGAGUGCGUCUACUCGCUGCUCUCGAUGCUCGGCUCCAACGAUCCGCUCGAGAUGGCCAAGAAGUUCCUGGAGCUGUCGGGGAACGCGCAGAGCUGCGCCACCCUUCGCCGCUCCGGCUGCAUGCCGCUCCUCGUCCAGAUGAUGCACUCGGCGGACAACGAGCAGGAGGUGCGCCGGUGCGCCUCCCAGGCGCUGCACAACGUGGUCCACGGCCACCCGGACGAGAAGGCGGGCAGAAGGGAGGCGAAGGUGCUGCGCCUGCUCGACCAGAUCGUCGACUACUGCUCCUUCCUGAAGACGCUGCUCCAGAGCGGCGGGGAGGCGAUCGCGGACGACUCGGACCGCCACCCGCUGGCGGCCAUCUCCUCGCUGAUGAAGGUCAGCUUCGACGAGGAGCACCGGCACGCCAUGUGCGAGCUGGGGGCGCUGCACGCGAUCCCCAACCUGGUCCACCUGGACCACGCCGUCCACGGACCCAAGCCGGAGGACCAGUGCUGCAAUUCGCUGAGGAGGUACGCUUUGAUGGCGCUCACCAACCUCACCUUCGGGGACGAAAACAACAAGGCGCUGCUCUGCGGCCAGAAGCCGUUCAUGGAGGCCCUGGUGGCCCAGCUGGACUCCGCGCCCGACGACCUGCUCCAGGUGACGGCCAGCGUGCUGCGGAACCUCUCCUGGCGGGCGGACAGCAGCAUGAAGGCGGUGCUCAACGAGAUCGGCACGGUGACCGCGUUGGCGCUGGCGGCCAUGCGGAACCGCAGCGAGAACACGCUGAAGGCCAUCCUCUCGGCGCUGUGGAACCUCUCCGCUCACUGUAGCACCAACAAGGCGGAGUUCUGCGCCGUGGAGGGGGCACUGGCCUUCCUGGUGGGCAUGCUCAGCUACGAGGGACCCAGCAAGACGCUCAAGAUCAUCGAGAACGCGGGAGGGAUCCUGCGCAACGUGUCCAGCCACAUCGCGGUGUGCGAACCCUACAGGCAGAUCCUGCGCCAGCACAACUGCCUGGCCAUCCUGCUGCAGCAGCUCAAGUCGGAGAGCCUCACGGUAGUGAGCAACUCGUGCGGCACUUUGUGGAACCUUUCGGCCCGCUCGCCCGAGGACCAGAAGUUCCUCUGGGACAACGGGGCGGUGCCGAUGCUGCGCUCGCUGAUCCACUCCAAGCACGCCAUGAUCUCGGAGGGCAGCUCCUCCGCCCUGAAGAACCUGCUCAACUUCCGGCCGGCCGUGCAGAACCACCACCAGCUGGACCCCAUCGCCCGCUCCAUGGGACUGAAGGCGCUGCCCACGCUGGAGGCGCGCAAGGCGAAGGCGCUGCAGCAGGAGCUGGGCGAGCGGCACACGGCGGAGACCUGCGAGAACCUCGACUCCGGAGGGAAGCUGGCCAAGGAGCGCUCGACGUCCGCCUCGCAAAGGCGCCAUCCAGCCGCAUCCGUGCCCCGCUUGACCCGCUCCGCGAUGCUGACGAAGAGCGAGAGCCGCGACUCGGUGUACUCCGCCAAGUCGGACUGCGCCUACGACCACCUCAUCCGGUCCGCCUCCGCCUCGGAUGCGCAGCGCAAGGGGAAGUCGUCCAAGAUGACCGACUUCGACAUGGAGAUGGAACAGGACGCGGAGGCCACCGAGGAGCAGCCCAUCGACUACUCGGCCAAAUACAGCGAGGGAGCCGCCAAGACUGUGUCCACAUAUCAGGAGACGGACCUCGACCAGCCCACUGACUUCAGCCUGCGCUACGCGGAGAACCAGCUGGAUCAGUUGGAGUCGGACAUGGACAUAUCAGGAUCGGCGGGAGCCCAGAAGACCUCCUCCUCUCUUACGCCUCCCGCGGAGGCAGUUCCCGCGAAGUCCGAGGGCCAGGAGAUCCUGCUGAUCCUCGAGGACAGCGUCAAGUGCUACCAGACCGAGGACACCCCCUACGUAAUAUCCAACGCGGCCUCCGUCACCGACCUGCGGGUGGCCGCCAAGGCGGAUGCGGAUGCGGAUGCCAAGCCGGAGGUGAGGGAGGCUCCCUCCAAGGAGGGCGCUCCCAAGAAGCUGCCCAAGCUCUCGCAGUGCGGAUCGGGGUCGUACACUCCCGAGAAGCCCAUCAACUACUGCGAGGAGGGAACGCCCGGCUACUUCAGUCGCUACGAUUCGUUAAGCAGCCUGGACGAGUCGGGCAAGGCCAACCAGGCGGGCGUGGGACCCAAGCCGAAGGAGGAGAAGCAGGAGGAGCACGAAUCCCAGCCAGCUGAGCAGGCCAACCUGGCCAAGCCCCCCACUCAGGCGAACUCUGCGCUGGAGACCCCGCUGAUGUUCUCGCGGCGCAGCUCCAUGGACUCCCUGGUCCACGACCCCGACGUGGACGUGGCCAACUGCGACGACAAGAGCUCGGUGGUGAGCGACUUCAGUCGCCUGGCCAGCGGGGUGAUCUCCCCCUCCGAGAUCCCCGACUCGCCCACCCAGAGCAUGCCGCAAUCCCCGCGGAGAAACAGUGCAGCUGGAUCGGCGGCGAAUGCGGACUCUCCCCCGGCCGCAAUCCCGGCCAGCCUGCAACCACUGCGCAGUGUGUUCGAGGACGACCUGAGCAGCUUCAACGUGGAGCACACUCCCGCCCAGUUCUCCUCGGCCACCAGUCUGAGCAACCUGAGCAUCGUGGACGACGAGAAGGCUCCGCCUAGUGUGGCCGAGGAGGACAACGAGGACGAGCUGCUCCUGGCCAACUGCAUUAACAUGGGCAUGCAGCGGAAGCCUGCGGAGGUUGCGAAGUCCACGCCCGUUCACCCGGAAGUGGAUGUGGCCGAGGAGACCAUCCGCAGCUACUGCACCGAGGACACUCCCGCCCUGCUCUCCAAAGUGGCCAGCAACACCAACCUGUCGGCCAUCUCCAUGAGCUCCAACGAGCCGAAGGAGGUGGCGAGUGGCCAGGCACAGAUGUACACCCACCAGCUGUCCGACGACGUGUCCUCCAAUGCCUCAGACUGCGGCGGAGCAGCUGGCCUGCUGCAGCAGUGCAUCCGCGAUGGCAUGCAGAAGCCCCCCUCCGAAGGGGUUUCCAUCCCGAAUCCGGACCGGAAUCCAGAUCCCAUUGCCAUGCUGCGACGCGGCGGGAACCCACUGUCCGGCUUCCUGCCCUCCGCCGACGAGAUGAACAAGUUCCUGGUGGAGGACAGCCCCUGCAACUUCUCCGUGGUCUCCGGCCUGUCCAACCUCACGGUGGGAUCCAGUCUGGUUGGCCCAGCCGUGCAGCUCAAGGAAACAAUAUCAUCGAGCGCGAAUCCGAAACCCGGAACCGAUCCAAAGACCACCAGGCAGGAGCAAAACCGAAGGCCGCCGCAUUGGCAAGAUGAUUCGCUGAGUUCUCUAUCCAUCGACUCGGAGGACGACACCAAUUUACUGAGUCAGGCUAUUGCCGCUGGCUGCAAUAGACCCAAGUCGAAUCUCGGCUUCAGCUCGAACGGCAAGCGCUCCAGCUCGCUGAGCUCCUCGCAGCCGAUAGCCAUCAAUGCGGCCACCUCGGCCAGCUCGCUCAGCUCGGCGACGACGGUGCGCAGGAACCACCAGCAGCAACCAGGAAACCAGCACCAUCAGCACCACCAGCAGCAGGAGUCGUACAGCUCGGUGGACUCGAGCGACUCGAACGACAACCAGUCGAAGUCGCUCUUCGAGCUCUGCAUCCUGAAGGGGAUGUACAAGUCGAAGGAGCCGGGCGCCAGAGCCAGGCAGCUGGAGGAGCAGCCCCUGGUGGGCGCCGCGGGCACCCAGUCGCACCCCAAUCUCAAGCAGUUCGACUCGCUGCCGGUGCAGCUGCCCUCCUCUGGACAGCAGAAGCGGCAGCGCCACCACCACAAUCACCACCAUCAUCACCAGCACCACAGGGAGCGGGAGCGGGAGCGCAAGGACGAGAAGCUGCUGCAGGAGUGCAUCAACACGGGCAUCUCGAAGAAGAUCAGCGCCGUGCCAAAAAACGUCCUGGCUACGUCUGCGGCUGCAUUGGAACCGUGUCGCCCAAUGGCAGCUACUACAUCAGCAAGUGCUCCCAGCACAGCAGCAGCUCCAGACGUAGAGCAGAAUCCCAGCAGUCACAGCAAUCCACUGCAGCAGCAGCAGCGGCAGCCGCAAUUGUCGAGCAGCAGCCCCAUCCUGCCGAGUCCUACCGGCGCCAUCGCCACCGCCACCGACACAGCAAGAAGUCGAGCAGCUCCCGGUCCGGGGAACGCGAGUCCGAGCGCUCCCGCGACCGCUACUGGGUCUAAGGACCUGGACGCGGAGGACCGCUCCAGCGACGAGUCCAACCAGUCGUUCAUAAUGGAGACCAUGGUCCGGCUGGACAGCGCGCCAGCCAGCGAGCCGUGCGCCUCCAGCGGGAACGAGCGGCACAAGGACCCCGACCUGAUGCUUAGGUCCGUGGAGCGGCUCACCCUCGAGUUCGUCACCUCGGCGGAGCAGCUGCGCAGCAGCCACAACAGCAGCAGCCACAACAGCAGUAGCCAGAAGAAUUCGAGCAGCAACAACACCUGGAACGAGCACACCUGUCCCGACGACGUCAGCUUCCCCAGCGUCAGCCAAACGGCUCCGGUGCUGGCCUCGCUGAGCCUGGACGAGGACGCCACGGAGGCGAGAUCCCUGCGGGAGCUGGUCGAGAUUACGCCCACGAACGAGCAGCAGCCCGCUUCGCUGGAGGGCGAGACGGACACGCUGGUCAGCGGAGUAGAGGACCGGGAAAGCCACUCGGGAUCGUCCGGCGGCCUCAACUUCCAGCUGGGCGGACAGGUGCAGAACGCGGGCGUCCGGCUGGAGCCGCAGCGGCUGCUCUUUAACGGAACCAGCGCCUCCAUGAUGACCAACUCCACGAUGAUCGCGUUCGAGGCACGGGCGCUGGCCGAGAACCUGCUCCAGCCGGCUCCAACUGGAGCCACCUCCGCCGAGGAGGAUAGCACGGAGAUGGACUUCAGCAUGAACAGCCUGGACGUCCUGGACCUGGACAACGUGCGCCCACCGUCGGGCAUGGAGUCGCUCAACAGCUGCUACCAGGAUCACCUGCACUCGCAAUCGCAGCCGAGCUCCCUGCGCCAGCAGCUGCCCAGCAAGAGUCCUCGAUUCGCGCGCAAGAUGUUCCCGGCCAACCUGGUGGCCAGGAGGGCACUGGGCCAUCUGGCGGGCAGUGCGGAGAGCGUGAACUCCAGCUGCAACCUGCUGGACAACAUCAAGCCGCCCUCGCUGAUGGACGAGCUGCUGGACUCCAUGAUCAGCGUGGACAGCAUCCAGUCGGAGGUGGCCGACGGCGAGCAGGACUGCAGCAUGGCCACCACCAUCUCGGUCUCGAACUACGAGACCGCCUGCGACGACCAGACCCUCACCGUUCUCCAGAGCUGCUUCGACGAGGACGAGGACGCCACCGUGAACGACUACAGCUCGGCGGAGUCCACGCCCAAGCAGGGAUCCACGCCCUCGCCCAGUCGCCGCUCGCUCACGCCGAAGCAGAAGCGCCGCCUCACCAAGGACCGCUACAAGACCUACACCAUAGCCACCAGCCAACAUGGCAGCGAGCACGGCAUAGAGGCGCUGGAGGCCAACGAGACCCUGCAGAUCGAGAUCGUGGAGGCGGCCGUGCCCCCCGUGGCCACGCCCUCGCCGCGGGCCAAUGGAAGGAGGAGGGGCAGUGCGGAGCGGUACAAGACGCAGCUGAUCGAGUGCCCGCUGGCGCUGAUCCAGCCGCCAAGCGAUGACUGCCCCAGCGAGGAGCUCUCCUCCAUCCGCGCGAUGAUGCAGCAGUUCACCUUCAUCACGGACAUCCACAUUGGCCAGGAACCGGAGGCCCAGGCGGAGGAGUCGCCGGAGUGCGACCAGAACUCGGAGACGGAGUCCUGCGAGGGCCAGGAGCCCGCCCAGCUGCCUCCUCCGCCGCCGGUCGUGGAGCUCAAGUCCCCCGCCUCCUCCAAGCCCGCGACUCUGGAGCCCGCCACGGCGGUGAAGGUGGUGCGGGGUCGCAAGAAGCCGGCCUACGUGUCGCCCUACAGCAUGCAGAGCCAGCGGAGUGGCAACGGCGCCUCCGCGGCCAAGAAGAAGACCCUCUCCCCCACGAUUGCCAAGAGGAGUGUGGUUGGUGGCGCGGCGGGAGUCAGGCUGCCGGCCAAGAAGAAGCCAACGACGGAGCCUGCUCCUGCUCCUACUGCUCCUCGCCUGGAACGGCAGGGAACCUUCGUGAAGGACGAGCCCACGAACUCCAAUGUCCAGGUGCCCGUGGUGGAGGCGAAGCCCACUCAAAGCAGUCCCACGCAUCGCGCCUCCAAGCUGCCCACAAAGAAGGCAGCAUCCAGCGGGGACUCCCCCUCUAAACACGGUUCUCCCAAGAGGAUUGGCUCGGCUCCCGUGCGCCGGGUGACGCCCCAAAGGGCCAACACCAGUCUGCGGUUGGCGGGGGCCAAGUCCACCUCCGCCACGCGAGUGGUUCCCUCGCGGAUCUCCACCACCACGCCGCCUUCCCGCAGCAACUCCAACCUGAACGGAGGCAGUGCAGCCGCAGCGGCGGCGGCCAAGAUCAACCAGGCCCAGAGCCGCAUUGCCAACAUCUGGAAGCGCGUGGACGAGGCCAAAACGAAGCAGCAGUCGUCCAAUCUGCGGACUCAGAAAACAAAAUCUUCCAGCACGCUCAACGGAAACGGAGGCAGGCCGACGCUCCUGCGCAGCUCGACCUUCGACAACAGCCCGAAUCCCUCGGCGGGAGGAGGAGUAUCAGCAUCCAAGUCCAAGUUGCCAGUGGUGGGGGUUGCCAGGAAGUAGGAUCGAUCGAUAUCAGCCAGGAGAGGAAGUGUGGAGACUGCAAACGGAAACGGACUGUAUUUGUUACGCAUUUUUGGAACGAGAGACGCACAGGUCCACAUCCACAAAGAAAGGAGCUAGAGUCAGAGUUAAAUCAAAGAAUCAAAGAGUUUUUAGGCUAGGAGGCAACAGGCAUAUAUAUUCUAUAUACUCAAUACACUACUCUCCUCCACUUCCACUUUACACACUUCGUAGUCCCUAAACUUUGUAAGCUAGAGCUAGCGCAACUCCUAGUAACUCCAACUAAUCCAAGUCACAGUCAGAGAAGGAUCUCCCCGGAGCUCCGGACCGUGUGUAGCCAAAUGUAUCGCAUAUAUAUACACUUCGAGUAGAUCGGGCCUUUCAACGUGUGUACAACUCCCUAUAUAUACAAGGUGUAUACUGGCAUAUAUAUAAUUGCUAUAUAUUCGAUUUGACACGUAAUAACGUAAUAAUAACGUAAUUAGAAAAGGUUUACCAAGUUUUCAUUUUAGUUUAGUUCGCAUCUUGCAUUAUUUACAAUCGACCCGCAGUGAAUUUGGGAUUAUACUUUAUAGGUUUAGUACGCCCUUGGCUUCCUUAUGCAAAACCAAAUAUCUGAAGAAGAGAGUGGAGAAUCACCUUUGUAGUCACAGCUUUUUAAGUAUUCUUUUAUAUAAUUUAGCAUACUUAAGGGUAACCGAUUUUAGGCGACGGCUUUUGUAUUAAGCGAAUCUUUUGCGACUUAUUAUAGUUUUACCGAUCCAGCGCGAUUAACCAUUUUUAAUAAUAAUAAAUCGAAAUAUGCUUUUUGUCAACAUCAAUAAAAAAAAAGUGAAGUUUA